AUGCCGGGAAUUAUCGUCGGCAACGCUCUUGUUGACGUUGAUCUCUGGCUUAGCACCAUUAUACCAUUUGCAUAUUAUCAUGGUUUUGUUGAUGAAAGUCUUUGGAGAAAUGCCCUAAAAAUAUGCUGUAAUGGAUCAUUAACAGACUGCGAUUUCGAUAAUGGUCUAGAAUUUUGCGGGUUUUUUGCUUCUACUGUCCGAGAAGAUGUCUGGAAUGGACCAGCCUACCGAUAUAGUAUGUAUGCUGGUUGCUUAGAAGAAAAUACAACCACAAAUAUUUCACUGAAACAACGUCGUUUACUCAAAAGAUCUCUGAAAUAUGGAUGGCUGAUCUGCAACGCACUCGAAGCGGUUACAGCCUAUUUCAAUCGUAAUGAUGUCCAGAAAGUGUUAUUUCCAGCCCGUAACACAACACAAUGGCAAGCUUGCUCAGACGAGGUACGGCAAAAUUAUAGACGACACUAUGGCAACGUUCAUAAGCAGCUGCAGAUGGCUUUAGAUAACGGUGUUUUGGUACUGUUGUACUACGGAAACACUGACUUGAUGUGCAAUUUUUUAAUUGGCGAAAAAUUCGCUUACCGACUUGGAUAUCCGGUGACUACUGUCAAACAAAGUUUUCGUGUAAAUGGCAGGCUUGGUGGUUUUAAAACAAGCUAUGGCAAUCUUGAUAUUGUUGUUGUUCAGGGUGCUGGACAUAUGGUACCGUCUGAACGACCUGAUGUCGCUUUAUUCCUGCUUAAAGAAUUUUUGAAUCGUACAUAUAAAUCCAACUACGGCAUAAGAAAUGACACCAAUUUUGAUUGGACAAAAGAAUCUUGGUUCAAACAUCAGGUGGUUGCGUCACAAACAUGUCGAACAACUUCAGUGUUUGGCAGAUUCAGUUUGCUGGCGCAGCUAACGUUGCAUAUUCCAUUAAUUUUAUUUUGUACAUAUCAGAAAGAAAAAUAUGCACAACUGUUGUAG